AUGGAAUUGUCAAGAUCGUCCCCACAACGCGGUCCACGCUUCUCACCACCCGCACGGACACGCACAGCCCAUCGCAGCACAACGCACAUCCUCAACGGCACACCUCUGUACAGUCAACCAUUCACCCGCCCUCCCCAUUCACGUGGGUCGAGCCUCGCUUCUUCCUCCACCAGCUGCACCAGCGAUGGCGAGGAGGACACGCCAGCAUCGUCCACGUGCAGUCCGGAGGUGAUACCGCUCAAAUCGAGUCGCACGGUCGAAGACGCACAGCCGCCAGCGCGCACUUCGUCCCUAGCGCACAGAAUGAGCCAGCUGUUGGACCAGCUUCAGUUGGAUCCCACCGAGGAUGCACGACGCGAUUCGAACGAAUCCUUCGAGUCGAGCUCUUCUUUCUGCCUCGACGAAGCGUUCCCCACCCCACCCAAUCGGCCGGCAGUCCAGGCUAAAGUGGAGAGGCUGGAGAAAGAGAAUCUCCAGCUGAGGAGGGAGCUGCAGAGGUUUCAGGACGAGCUGGCGCGCAAGGAAAGGGCAAUGAACGAGGUAUGGUGCUGGUAG